GUGCCUUCCGCAAGACUUGGUGCCUGGGGACACCAUUGUAAUUCCUCCGCAUGGCUGCCUCAUGACCUGUGAUGCCCUGCUGCUCACUGGAAACUGUAUUGUUAAUGAAAGUGUUUUGACAGGUGAAAGUGUGCCAGUGAUGAAGAGCCUUCCAGCAUAUGUGGAUGAAGUAUAUGACCCACAAGCCACCCACAAGCCGACACACCUUGUACAGGGGCACACGAGUCCUCCAGUCUCGCUACUAUGAUAAUAACCAGG